UGGAAAAAAAGUAAAACUUAAUUGUGCAUAGAGCAGGAAAAGAGUUAUUGUAGUGAAUUAAAGUAAACUAAUUUAUGAAAUAUAGUGCAAAACGUAAAUUUGCAAAUUGUUUCCAAAUUUUUGAUUUGUUCCAACAAACAAAACUCCCAAUAAGAAGCAGCAGGCUUUAGAAAUCAGCUGGUAAAGAAAAUCAAAAAUAAUAGAAGAAAAAGACGUAAAAAAAGAAAAAGCAGUAUAACAAAGAAAAGAAAAUUUUGUACAUAAAAAAUAUACAAGAAGCAAAAUGUCGGAACAGGAACAAAAUGUUGCAAAAAUGAGUGAAUUAACGGCAGAAGAGAUACGUGCCAGGAGAUUACGCACUUUAGCCAAAUCAUCAUCUAGUGCUACUGCCAACGAGAUUGCAGCAUCCGCAAAUACACAAAGUGCAGAAGGUCAACGUACGGCUACCAAUGUUUCGAAUUCUUCCCGUUUGGUCAAAACAAUUUCUUCAGCGAACAGCUCUAGUUCGUCAUCGUUGAAGGGAGACGUUAUUGCUCAAAACACUUCCUCAAUUGCAACAGAUUGUCAGGAAUUAAUUUUGCCAAUUGGGGAACAACAGAAAAUGGAUGUAGAUGUUGAAAUGAAAUCUGUUUCCACAACACCCAUAAAAAGCCAUACCCUAACACUACCACCAGCAACAUCAGCUCCCAUAAAUAUCAUGCAAACAGACGUUUGCAUUGAGGAUGAAAUUUCGUCAUCCUCGUCGUCCUCAAAUAACCAUAAAAACAACAAAAAAUUGCCAAUAAAUUUAGAUGUUGGGAUGGAAAAUAUGGAAACUUCUGAACAGCCAUCACCGGCUGACGCCAACACUUCACAAAAGCAGGCAUCUUUAGACAUUUUAACGCCAAAACCACAAAAAUCAUGCAACGAACGCAUCGAAUCCAUGCUUUCGAAAGUUCUCAACGCAACAUGGAAUGAAUAUUGCACUGGUUCCAUGAUAUGUCCACAAACUGCCAGUUUCAUAGAACAGCAUCCGGACAAACGAUUUGAUUUCGAUUCGUUAAUAUCGAAUGUGCUCAUGGAAUGCGUUUUACGCUUGUAUAACGACGAAGAGACUGGUGAGGGAUCAGUCGCCGGCGCUGUUGACAAUAGUGAUGCUGAUAUGAAGUCAGAGGGUGCCACUGGUGCUGCAACGACAGAUGAAACAAAGAGUGGUAAUAAAACCGAGAAUGUUCCAACGUAUUCAACGCCGAAAAAAAUCAAAAGUGAUGAUACUGAAGUUCAAGAAAUUAUGGCAAAUGUUAUUGAUGAUCAACCUUCGACAUCCAGAGGUUUACAAAGCGGUAUUACCAGUUCAGAAUUCAUUGGCACUUGUCCGACACCAUCCUCAAACAUUUUCACACCGAUGUCCUUGGCCAAAUACAAUGUAAUAUUACAUUUAAUUAAAUGUUUUAAAAAUCACCGUCAAUUCAGCGAAAAAUUCAACACAAAUAUAUCGCAAGAGAAAUCUGAAGAUGUAGAAAAGAUUCAAGAUAUGCUAAAAAUAACAUUAGAUCAGAUUUUCCUAACAACUACAUUGGUUCUAACUGAUCGAAUAUAUGAGAAUCUCAAUAUUGCACUGGAUCAAUCUGCCUUAUUGGAGUUGUACUAUCAGGAACGUGUGCCCGACGAUUUUCUAAUUGAAUACAUCGCCAAGUGUUACGAAAAGACACAAGACUUUGAGUUCAUAUUCUCUCAAAUGUUGAGAGGACUCUUUAUGGGAAUGCAGCGCAACUUAUGUUCACCCACAAUCAUAACACAUCACAUGGAGUUGUUGUCCAAAUUGAUGGCUGUCAAAGUGGGUACAGCUAGACCACUGUGUGAUCUGUUGGCCAAGCAAAUGAACUUUUUGCCAGCCCUAUGUACACAAAUACCGGGAAGAGAGAUUGUCAAAUGCAGUUAUUUGGGUCCAUUCUUGUCCGUGUCAUUUUUUGCCGAAGAAAAUGUUCGAUUCGCUGAGGCUCACGGUAAAUGUGAUGCAUUGGCAGCCAAUUCGGAGAAAUUUAGAUGGCAACUGUUUACAAUGCGUGGGCUAAUGCAUUCGGUUUUCCUAUCAUUGCUUGUCAAUGUCAACACACGUCCAAAGACACUUGAAUAUAUAUCGCACAUAUUACGCCACAAUGAACGACGUGUGCAAUUUGCCAGUGAUGAAAAGCUCUUGGCCCGGGAUGGUUUUGCCAUCAAUCUGAUGUGCGUCUUGCAGCAAUUGUCAGUCAAAAUAAAAUUGGAUCGCAUCGAUCUGUAUUAUCCCUUUUAUAAGAACUCGUUGAUUUUCAUAGAACAAGAUACAAAGUUGCGUUUUACCGAUGAGGAGUAUAGAAAGUUCUUAGAAAAGGACUACGCCAACACCGAAUCAAAUGCCAAUUUCCAAACUCAAUGCUGGUUCCUCACUCUACAGUCUCAUCACUUGGGUUUUAUGCCAGCCAUACAAAGAUACAGACAAAAGUCGCGAGCCAUCAAGGAGUUGCAAAAGCUGAUCGACGAAAUCGAUCGCACCAAAUCGCAUUGGGAAAAUACACCGUAUGCCUCCCGAAACAAGCAAUUCAGAGAUCGUUGGCUAAAGCAAUUGAAAAAGUUGACAAGAUCGAAACUUUGCAGCGAAGUUUGUCUACUUGAUCCGAAACUUUUGAAUGCAUGUCUGUUCUUUUACUCUUCUGUGUGCGAAUACUUACUAUAUCAGAUGGAGGGUCGAGCAAUUGAAGGUCGUUUUAUGGCCAAAAUGCAACCACAGCAACUGCAACCAACCGAUGCAUUUUCUGCACUGCCCGAGUGGUACAUCGACGACAUUGCCGAGUUCAUUCUGUUUGCUAUGCAACAUGCUCAGAAUGACAUACGUCAUGCCAUCGAUCUUUCAAUAAUAACAUGGUUGUUGACAUGUGUUUGUGCACCACAUAUGAUUAAGAAUCCAUACGUCACUGCCAAACUGGUCGAGGUAUUAUUUGUUUUCUCCUUGGGUCCUGCGAACGUCCUCAACGUUGCGAUAUGGAACCAUGAAUUGGCUCAAACUGUAUUGUGUAGUUCAUUAAUGAAAUUCUAUGUCGAUAUAGAAACAACUGGACAGAGUACCGAAUUUUAUGAUAAAUUUACAAUAAGAUACCACAUUAGUCAUUUAUUCAAAUCAAUGUGGGAGAGUCCAGUACAUCGCCAAGUUAUGAUUAACGAAUCAAAUAAUGGUAAACAAUUUGUGAAAUUCAUUAAUAUGCUUAUGAAUGACACCACAUUCCUCUUGGAUGAAUGUUUGGAAAAUCUUAAGCGUAUUCAUCAAACACAGAUUCUAAUGUUGAAUGAACCGGCUUGGUCCAAUUUGGGCUCUGAACAACAACAGAGUCGUUUAUCACAAUUGGCCACAGAUGAGCGACAAUGUCGUUCUUAUUUGACAUUGGCUAGAGAAACAGUAGAAAUGUUUCAUUAUUUGACUGAUGAUAUUAAGGAACCAUUUAUGCGCGACGAAUUGGUUGAUCGCUUGAGUUCAAUGUUAAAUUUCAAUUUACAUCAACUGUGCGGCCCCAAAUGCAAUGAUUUAAAAGUACGCAAUCCUGCCAAAUAUGGCUGGGAACCCAGACGUUUGUUGGGACAAAUAUUCGAUAUUUAUUUACAUCUAGACUGUGAUAGAUUUGCCCAAGCCUUGGCUGCUGACGAACGAUCCUUCCAAAAACAUUUAUUUGAUGAUGCUGCCAAUCGCAUUGAACGCUUAAGUAUACGUUCAGCAAUAGAAGUAGAAAAGUUUAGAUCAUUAAUAACAAAAGCACAUGAUAUUUAUGUUGCCAAUCAACAGUCUGAAGACGAGUGUGCUGAUGCACCUGAUGAAUUUAAGGAUCCUUUAAUGGAUACGUUAAUGUCGGAUCCAGUGGUCUUACCAUCAGGCACUAUUAUGGAUCGUGCCAUUAUAACACGUCACUUGUUAAAUAGCAACACAGAUCCCUUUAAUCGCCAACAUUUGACCGAGGAUAUGCUGGUGCCAAACAUUGAACUCAAAGAACGCAUCGAUGCCUGGCGUAAAGAACAACGUUACAAGAGGCAACAACAAGGAAAUUUAGAUUUAAAUGAUAAAACAUCUUAAAUAAUAGUAGUUAUGAGUAUAAUUCUUAAAGGGAAUCACACAAUAUCAAUUUUUUUUUGUAGAACGUAAAAAUAAACAUGUAAAAUGAAAAAUGAAUUUUUUACAUACAUACAAUUUUAGCUUAUAAUUCUUAUAGUUUUAAAACAACUCUGUCUACAUUAAUCUGAUAAACAUCCAUACAUACAUACAUACAUACACAACAUUAAUCAACUGUAAUAUGUCAAGAGUUUGAUUUACUAUUUUUAGUUUGUAUCCCUACAAAUUUAACAUGAUGUAAUUUAUGUGGUCUCCAAAAUGUAUUGUUAUAAUUUUCAUAUUCUAACACUUUAAAAUUUGAUUAUUUUUUUUCUAUACAACACUUAUUUUUUUAAGUAAAAUUCGGAAUGCAUUAUGAACAUUUAGCGCGGGUUUCUUUGACAUGAAAUUAAUUGAAUUAGACUUCGAACGACUUUCAACGAUACUUUUAAUUUAAAAAAGUUAAUGUGUUUAAUAUUAAAAAUUGGUUACAACAAACAUGCAAAAUAUAAAUCAUACCCAAUUUAUAAAAUAAUAAUAAAACUAAUGAUACAUAAAUUACAUCAUAUGCUAUACAUACAUAAUUAUUCAAAUCAAUAUUAAUUCAAAUUUUAAUUAAAUAAAGUAUUGAACAAAAAUUUAUUAGAAAA